AUGACCAUAGAAAAUCAUUCACCACCUAUUAUUAAUCAACGAAAACCAGAAAGUGUAAAACAAAAACCAAAUCAAACAGCAUGGUUAUCAACAUUUAAACGUAUGUUAAAGGUGUCAAAUACACGUUAUGCCUUUUUAUGGUUAACAGGUGGAAUACUUUUUGCUUUAUUUAUGAAACCAGGUAUACGACGACGUGAUCAAGAAUUAGUGAUUAAAGAUAUUGAAAAUUAUUUAGAAAAUAAAACAAAAAAACAAGAUUCAACAUAG